UGUUAUUGAUGUGUCAAUUGCGGCAUUUAUUUAUAAAAUACGUCUGUGAAAAAAGAAAAUUUGUUCAGUGGGGCAAUGUUUGAUUGACUCAAACUCAUUAUCUCGAUGUAAAUCGACAAUUUUUUUCAUUUCCAAAGUUCAGUGUUAUUUAUUUAUUUUUAAAAUCGAGUUAUUGUGCCUAUUCGUUCAAUUUUUCCAAAGCGAACAUUUUUCUUUUGUGGAGACGUGACCACAUUUUUGUCAAAACGUUGUUUCUGCGUCAAACCGUUAUUUUUGAGCCAAAACGCCUUUUGUCUGCCACCAAGUAAUUUUCCAUCGGGAACAGAAAAAAAAACCACUCACCAUGGUUCGUGUAUUAUUCAUGCAUCCGGAUCUGGGUAUCGGUGGUGCUGAGCGCUUAGUUGUCGAUGCUGCAUUGGCACUUCAAAAAACCGGUCAUUCCGUUCAAUUUCUAACAAAUCACCACAAUCCUGCGCAUUGUUUUGAGGAAACGCGUGACGGUACCUUACAAGUACAAACCGUUGGUGACUGGUUGCCACGGUCAAUAUUCAAUAAAUGUAUCGCAGCUUGUGCAUACUUUCGAAUGCUAUACGCAACAUUAUACACAACCUUUGUUCUAUCGCGUCAACAAGAGUUUGACGUAAUUUUUGUGGAUUCAAUAUCGAUUGGUGUGCCGCUUUUAAAAUUUUCCGCCGGAUCACCGAAAAUUCUAUUCUAUUGUCAUUUCCCUGACUUAUUGAUGGCACCACAAGACAAUAAUCCAUUGCGAAAAUUGUAUCGUUACCCAAUCAACUGGGUGGAAGAAUUCACGACGGGAAUGGCCGAUGUGAUUUUGGUCAAUAGCAAAUUCACGCGACGAAUGUUCAAAGAAACAUUUAAAAGUAUCACAGCGAUGCCAGAGGUUUUGUAUCCGUCAUUGAAUACAAAAUACUUUGAUAAUACUGUUGUCACUGAUUCAGAUGCAGAUGAUUUAAAAUUACGCGGCGAUGAAAUCGUCUUUUUGUCCAUCAAUCGAUUUGAGAGAAAGAAAAAUAUUCCAUUGGCAUUGAAAGCACUUAAGGAACUAGAGAAACGUGUGUCAAAACCGAAUUUUGAUCGAUGUCAACUGAUUUUGGCCGGCGGCUAUGAUAAACGAGUCAUUGAAAAUGUUGACCACUUUGAAGAAUUGGAAGCAUUGGCAGAGGAAUUGGGCGUGAAGAAUAAAUGCAAAUUAUUGAAAUCGCCGAAUGAUAAAUACAAAUUGUGGCUGCUUAACAGGUGUGAUGCUCUGCUGUAUACACCAUCCAAUGAACAUUUUGGCAUCGUUCCCAUUGAGGCCAUGUACAUGAAGAAGCCGGUCAUCGCGUGCAACAGUGGCGGACCUACUGAAACGAUUGUCGAUAAAUCAACUGGCUUUUUGUGCGAACCAACCAAAGAGUGCUUCAGCCAAUCGAUGGCACGAUUGGUGACUGGAGAUCGGAAUGUGAGCGAAAAUAUGGGUGAGAAGGGACGGAAACGAGUUCAACAGCAUUUUUCAUUCGAAGCAUUCACCGACAAACUCAAUGAAAUUAUUCGAACAUUGACAAUUGGCCAAACGUCGACGGAAAAUCAGAAGAAAAACGAUUAGUUGUUUAGAUAAGCAUUUGAACUUGAGAAAAUAUUUCAAGUAGCCUAAAAUUAAAUAAAAUUUGUUCGAAUUAAUAAAAUAGCAAAAAAUGUAAAUAGAUCUAAA